CUAGCUUCUGCAGGACGUAAACUCCCAGAAGUCCAAGCGGCAGUGGAGCAGACUGGAGACGCGCGUUUCUCUCUGGAGGAAAUGUCACGAUCAGCUGCAGGACGACGGCAUCGACCCGGAGCCGGCGUCCCUCUUCUUCCUGUCGCAGGCGAAGAAAGAUUCCGGGGGGGCGGAGCUUCUGGAGGUGCAGGAACGCUGCCUGCUGCUCCUCCUCUCCUCCCAUUGGUUGUCCAGACUCGUCCCGGCUCCAAGGGGCCGCCUUGAGAGCCUGGAGAAGCAGCUGUGGGCGGAGAGGGUGAGGGGGCGAGUCUUAGCCGGCGCCACGGAGAAACAGAGCGUAUUCAACCUGUCAAUCACCCAGGAGACGACCUCAUCGUACGAGCUGAUGGUGAAGGAGUUCUGCUUCUCCAACAUCCCCUGCAUGAAGGAAGAGGAGGAGGGCCUCAUGGCGGAGGAGGGCCUCAAGGCGGAGGAGGGCUUCAGGGCGGAGGAGGGUCUCAGCACGGAGGCGGGUCUGAGCAAGGUGGAGGGCCUCAGCGUGAAGGAGGGCCUCAGCAAGGUGGAGGGCCUCAGCGUGAAGGAGGGCCUCAGCACGGAGGAGGGCUUCAGCAUGAAGGAGGGCCUCAGCGUGGAGGAGGGUCUGCGCAUGGAGGAGAGCCUCAGCGUGGAGGAAGGUCUAAGCAUGAAGGAGGGCCUCAGCGUGGAGGAGAGUCUGAGCACGGAGGAGCUGCGUGAGGAGGACACGCUGAGUCCAGAAGAGAGGUGCAUCCUGGGAACGCUGGUGGAUCAGCUGUUGGAUGAAGGCAGCAUCCAUGAGGCCAGCAGGGUGUGCAGGUACUUCUCUCUGCAGCACGGAGACAUGAAGCUGGUGCUGCGCUGCAGGGGGAUCGCCUCUGGAGAUCUGAGGCCACAAACAGAGGAGGAAGAGGAGCAGGAGGAAGAUCUGCAGAAGAAGAUCACCAGCUUGCCCUCGUUCAGCAGCCUCUCGUCCUUCGUGGUUCUCCCCCUCCCUGAAGACCAGGUGGCCAUGCAGCUGCAGAAACUGGUGGAUCAGUGCCGGCACGGAAACAACUUCUGCAGACAAGUCCUCAGCCUCUACCAGCUCUCCAAGGUGAGAUCAGAUCAGAUCAGAUAAGAUGGAACUU